AUUCGUAUUAUGGCCAAGUACUACACAAGGAUCACAAUGACGAGACUGGCACAACUCUUGGAACUAACAGAGGCAGAAGCUGAAGAAUUUCUAUCGGACCUUGUUGUAAAGAAGACAGUGUUUGCAAAAGUUGAUCGUUUAGCAGGGAUUGUCCAUUUUACUCAAGAGAAGGAUCCUGUGGAGAUCUUAAAUGGUUGGUCACAUAAUCUGAAUCAGCUAAUGCAACUCGUUAGUAAGACAACACAUCUGAUCAACAAGGAGGAAAUGAUACAUCAGUUUGUAAAUUGAUUACUUCAUUAAGCGGUGUGAAGUCUCGCCUAGACAGUUAUUUGUGUUUUUAAAAAAA